AUGUCAGAUGUUGGGCAAGUUACUUCACGAGACGGUGAACGAGAAUACAUGUUAGAAACAGCUGCAAACGAAAUCUAUGGUGCUAUGGAUUCAGAUAUAGAAGAUGAAGAUCUUGAUGAAGAUGCUUUAUGGUUUAGAGAAGAACUUGAUAAACACAAGUCACUUCCUUUGUUCCUGAGGCCGUCUGUUUUAAUGGCAUGUAUUUUAUUCUUUUUAUCUACUAUUGCUUUACUGAUUGGUACUCCUCCACUUCAAGUUGUAUUAUAUAAGCUUUCAUGUAAUACAGUUGCUAUUAAUGGUGCUUGUGAUCCAGUUGCUGCUCAAGUAUUAUUUUCCACUUUUACUCAAUAUGAUAUGAUCUUAACUUCAAUUCUCCCUAUUGCUGCAUCUGCCAAAGUUGGUGAAUUAUCAGAUAAAUACGGUAGAAAGCCAUUUGUGGCCUUAAUUAUCCUGGCUUUUUUUGUUAAUAAAUUUGUCAACUAUUUCUUAUUGACAAGAUCUACAAUAUUACCCUUCAAGCGUCUUUUAUUUGUGAAUUUCAUUUGUACUGUGUUUGGAAGUGGACCGACUAUUAUUGCAUUACUCAGCUCAUACAUUACUGAUGUUGUUGAAGCACAUCAAAGAAUUUUUGCCAUUGGUUUAUGUACUGCUAGUUAUAUGGUAGGUCAAUCACUUGGUCCUAUUCUUUCCAACUUACUCGUUUCCUUUGCCAAUACAGAAAGCUCCCCAAUUGGUAUAAACUCAGUUCAUGCUACUAUUGAAAUUUCCAAGAAACAAUUAAUUCCAUUACGAAUUGAAGUUAUCGUUUUCUUGGUUCUUGCUAUAUAUAGCAUUUUUAUUUUCCCUGAAUCAAGGGGAGAAAAGGCACAAUCUAGAUCACGUACCAGUUCAGUGGUGUCCCAACUAGAUCCGUCUUUAUCGAGUAAUGCAUUCGAACAACUCAGAGCUUUAGAACAACCUUCAUUAUACAUUAGAAUCAUUCGUAUAUUGAAUGUCUUUAAACCAUUGAUGUUGUUAACGUAUCCAUCUUCCAUUGUACCCCCUAAUCAAAAGCAUAAAGAAAAGAGAAAUAGAUUUGUGGUUAUAUCUUUAAUUCUGAUAACUACUCUUUAUCUUACUUCUCACGUAACUUUAGCUCAAAUGGUUAUGCAAUAUAGUAUGAUAAAAUUCAACUUUGAAUCAGAAGAACUUGGGUACUUGUUAACAAUAUCAAGUUCAGUUGCUUCUUUCAUGCUUAUUAUUGGUUCACCAAUUAUUUCUAAUACAAUAUUACAAAAAGGGUUUGGAUUAAAGGUCAUGAAACGUCAAUUCGAUAUGAUUGAUUUUUGUAUAGUUGCAGGAGGAAGAUGUAUUGACAUUAUUGCCUUCCUGUUCAUGAUAUUAUCUGUUAAUAGUGGUCAAUUCUAUUUAUCAAAUGCAAUCUAUGGACUUGGUGCUCCUGCUAGUCCAGCUAUUUCAUCAGCGUUACUUAAAUUCUACCCAGCUUCUAAAACUGGUGAAUUCUUUGGAGCAAUUUCAUUAAUGCAAAGUUUACUUAGUCUUUUAAUAUCUACUGGAAUGAUGGAAAUAUUUAAAUUUGGUAUUGCUCAUAGAAUUCCACAGAUCAUUUUCAUGCUCUAUCUUAUUAUAAGUUUAGUUUAUCUUAUCAUUUUGGUUAUAUCAAAGGUCAUUUUAAGAUUAGAUUCUAAGUCAACUGAUGAAACUUUGAUUAGAAGUAAUUCUUCAAUUUCAUUAGCUAGUUCAAGCGUUACAUUGUCUUAG